AUGUGUGCGGCGGACGACAAAUUCGUCGGACCGACUUCCGGCCCUCCGCAUCCGCCUUCCGCUCUCUGGGGUGUGCUGCUAUUGAUCUUCCGGCAGGCGAGCUAUCUAGUUCCCAGCUUCCCACGCUACCUGCUUCGGUUCCUUCCAACCAUUUUUAAGGGGCUGGAUGUUCUUCCCAAAAUGAGUUUGGUGAUUAAAAAUCUGCAGCGGGUGGUCCCCAUCAGAAGAGUGCCACUUCGCAGCAGGAUGGAUGUGGUCAGGAGUGUUUUAGGAGUGAAGGAUUUUGACCUGGGGAUCAUCUGUGUUGACAACAAGCGUAUUCAGCACAUUAAUAGGAUCUACAGGAAGAAAAGCGUCCCGACUGAUGUGCUGUCUUUCCCAUUCCAUGAGAAUCUGAAAGCAGGGGAAUUUCCUCAGCCACACUCACCAGAUGACUAUAAUUUGGGAGAUGUUUUUCUAGGUGUGGAGUAUAUCUUCCAGCAAUGCAGAGAAAAUGAAGAUUUCUAUGACAUCCUAACGGUGACAGCCACACAUGGACUCUGUCACCUUCUGGGCUUCACCCACAACUCUGAGGUCGAGUGGCAAAAGAUGUACAACCAGGAGAAACUGGUGCUGGAGGAACUGAAUCGCUGCACCGGAGCCAGCCUCCAGCCCCUGACCAAGGGCCUCUACUAAUGUUUCAAUACUGUGAGCUAGAGACAUUGAUGGACGGAGUCCUGC